UCCAGUACGGGCUCUCGUGCGGCAACGACGUCUCCGUCAUCACCAACACCGUGCUUGGUACGGCCAUGGUGGCCGGGGCCAUCAUCUUCGCACCCUUUGUGGACAAGUACGGACGCAAGACCCUGUUCAUGAUGGUCUGCUGCCAAAACUGCCUCAUCUCCCUGGGCAUCGCGUUCGUGGGUGACAUCAGGUCCUACUGGGUGCUGCGCUUCCUCUCCCGCUUCUACAUCGAGGGUGUGGAGAUUGCUCUGCUCGUGCUGGCCGUGGAGAUGGCGCCGUCCAAGUCCCGGCCCAUCGCGCCACUCAUUUUAUACGUGGCGUACGCCAUCGGCCAGAUCCUGCUCAGCCUGCAGGCGAUGCUGUUUCGCUCGUGGUGGAAGCUGCAGCUGGCCAUCAGCGUGGAGAGCAUCCUGCUCAUCCCUUUCUCAUGGUUCCUGGUGCCGGAGUCGAUCCACUGGCUGGUGUCGAUGCGGCGGCAUGGCGAGGCUGAGAAGCUCAUUCGUCUGGGCUGCCGACUCAACGGCAUCAUCCUGCCCAGCGACUUCCAGCUGGACAAGCCGGGCCGCGACGACGAAGAGGGCAGCGACGACGAGGCCACAGGCAACGGUUACCAUGGCAACCAACCUCGCAAGUCGGCGGUGGAGCGGCUGAGAUCAACGCAGCUAAAUUUGAAGAACCGGCCGGGCACGGGAGAGUACUUGCAGCACGAGUUCCACGCACACAUUGGGGAAUGGCGCAAGAUCCUUGACCUGAUGAAGAACCACCAGCUGCGCCGACACUUCUUCAUCGUCUCCUACAUGUGGGCGAUCGUGGGCUUCCUGUACUACGGCUUAACGGCCAGCACCAUGGUGAUGAAGGGCAACGUGUACCUCAACUACUGCCUGUCCGGUCUGGUGAUGAUUCCGGCUUCCGUCUCCAUCUUCAUCCUCAGACGAUUCGGCAGAAAGAAGCCCAUCUUCUACUUUCUGAUUGGAGCUGGGAUAUUCAUCAUUCUCUCCGUCACCUGUCCGUAUAAGACCC